AAUAUGGGACGUUGUUGCUACAUGGGCUGUCAGCACCGGUCCGGCGAGGCAACAAAAGCCUCGGGCGUAACAUUUCACUGUUUCCCACGAGAUCCUACGCUUCGAGAAGCUUGGGUUGAGGCCAUUGGGAGAACUGGAUGGACACCCAGCAAACACAGUGUAGUGUGCUCCAAGCACUUUCAGAACCGUGACAUGGACAGGACAUCGUUAGCACGGAUUCGAUUAAGACCUGGUGCGGUGCCCAUCGCUCAUCCUUCUGUGUCUGCUCCUGAGCUGCAGGUAGCACAGCUUUCAACAGCACCUGAGGCAGCACGUGAAGCAGAGCAUGAAAUGGAACUAGUCACAGCUCCUGGUGGAGCACAGGAGCAACUCCCAGCUCCAGCCAAAACACAGGAGGAGCUCGCUCUAGAGGAAACCUGUGAGGGAGAACAUGAAGAAAGCAGGGGCUUUGACUGUAACCCGUUGCACAACCCAUUUACAGAGCUCGAAGAUGAGGACGUAUUAAGGAAACUGUUCUAA